ACCAAUCCCAGUCUGCUGCUCUAUAAAAUGGUUACUCCUAGGUCUUUCACAGUCUGCUUUUGGUCAUUUGAAAUCUGACACAACACAAUGCAUCCAGCUUCUGCUAUCACCAAGGUUAGGGAAUUCAGUGUAUACGGAGUUGAGAGUGUAAGCCAUAUAUCUCUGGAUCAAUCUGGCAAACUCUGGAUCAGUGACAACAAUGAGAACCUAAUCCAAACGGAUCAACAGGGGAACCAGCUACAGGGGGACCAACUACAGAGGAGGAUAAAGACAAAUGGUGAGGAUGAAGGCUACCAUGCGGUCAAACAGGAUGGGGAGCUGGUCUUCACUGACCGCUACAAGAGAGUGGUCAACAGGAUAACUGUGAAUAAUUAUAUCGUAAAAUUCAUUAAAACUGGGGACUGGGAACCAAUCAGUGUAUACUCCUCCCACAUCAAUGGGGACAUUCUGGUGGGGAUGGUGAAAGGUAAAAAGGCUAAAAUCACAAGGUACAACAAGACAGGCGAUAAAAUACUGGACAUACAGAAGAAGAACCUGAUACAGAGACUGUAUGGUGAACCCCAUUACAUCACAGAAAAUCAGAAUGGUGACAUCUGUGUAUCUGAUAAUGACAAAGAGGCAGUAGUGGUGGUGAAUAAAUCAGGACAUUACAGAUUCUCCUACAGAGGUCAGCAAGAAAAGUUUCUUCCACAAGGGAUCUGCACUGAUGCCCUCGGUCACAUCCUGGUGUGUGAUUUUUACGAUAGCUCUAUUCACUUGCUUGAUCAGGAUGGGCAGUUUUUAUUUCUGUUACUCAAAGAGCAGCCAGGGGUCAGUUCCCCUCAGUGUGUGUGUGUUGAUAAAGAUGAUAAUCUUUAUGUAGGAAAAAAUAUGCACACAACGGUCACAGUUUACAAAUACUUGUAGUGAUUUUGUCUCCCUUAAACACGUUGUGGAACAUGUGGAUGAAUUCUGUUUCUUAUGACUAGUUUAUAAUUUGCUACUUAUGUAAACCUCUCACUUAUAAUAAAGCUAGUUGAGCA